AUGGCGGUCGCUCGGCCAGUCCGGGCUCUAGCCUUAGCGGCUGUGAUGCUUUGGUGCUUCUUUUUGUACCAAAUUUUUGGCCCCGAGAGGCCGAUAAGCCAGAAGCCAGUGCGCUAUGACAAUGGACGGGAUCCCAACCUCGAUCCCACCGGCGAGCCUCAAGGUAUUCUAACGUACGCCUCCGACGACAAGUACGCUCCUGAUGCCAAGGACUCUGCGCGCAUCAACGCGACUCUGCUUGCACUCGUCAGGAACGAGGAGUUGGAUGGAAUGAUUCAGUCGAUGGUCGACCUCGAGCGGACCUGGAACCACAAGUUCAACUAUCCCUGGACAUUCUUCAAUGAGGUGCCUUUCACCGACGAGUUCAAGCGAAGGACCCAGGCUGCCACCAAGGCCGAAUGUAGAUACGAGCUAAUCCCCAAGGAACACUGGGAGAUGCCGUCAUGGAUCAACAAGGAUCUUUACGAGGAAUCCGUCAAGAUCCUCAAAGAAAACGACAUUCAAUACGCCGACAAGGUCUCGUACCACUCAAUGUGCCGCUGGAACAGUGGAAUGUUUUACAGACACCCGGCCUUGCAGCACACCAAAUACUACUGGCGCGUUGAGCCCAAGGUUCACUUCUUCUGUGACAUCGAUUACGACGUCUUCCGAUACAUGCAAGACAACAACAAGACGUACGGGUUUACCAUUAACCUGUACGAUGCACCCAUGUCGAUCCCGACGCUGUGGCCCGAGACGGUCAAGUUCCUUGCACAACACCCCGAGUACCUACACGAGAAUAACGCAAUGGACUGGCUCACCGACAAGACUGGUCGACCUGAGAACAACGUCAACGCACACGGCUACUCGACCUGCCACUUCUGGAGCAACUUUGAGAUCGCUGACAUUGACUUUUGGCGCAGCCAGGCGUACGAGGACUACUUCCAACACCUGGACCGCGCUGGAGGUUUCUUCUACGAGAGAUGGGGCGAUGCUCCCGUUCACAGCAUUGCUCUGGGUCUGUUCGAGGAUAAGUCCAAGAUUCAUUGGUUCCGUGAUAUCGGAUACCAGCACAUCCCGUUUUUCAACUGCCCCAACUCGAACAAGUGCAAGGGCUGCGUGACCGGCCGCUUUACUGACGGUGAGGCUUGGCUGCACAAAGACGACUGCCGCCCGAAUUGGUUCAAAUACGUCGGCAUGGACUAA